ACACUCGAAUUCGAUUAUUCUUACUGCUAUUAUCCACCGAGUCAUUCAAAGUUUAUCGCAAUGAGAAUACUCGUUUGUCCUUCCGGCUUCAGAGGUAGCAUUAGUCCGCAUACUGCCGCAGACUGCAUCCAGGAUGGCAUUUUGCGUGCCAUGCCCACAACCUCAGUGCGGAAGGUACCUAUGGCGGAUGGCGGGGAGGGAUUCGCCUAUGCCCUUGUUACCGCAACGGAAGGACAUAUCUGCCCACUCCAGAUUCUGGGUCCUGCCAGAACACCGAUCCCGUCUUUCUACGGGGUCCUAGGAGGCAAAGGCCUCAAGACUGCAGUGGUUGAGAUCGCUGCCGCUGCCGGACUUAGCCUUGUACCUUUUGACUGUCGCAAUCCCUGCGUCACGACCAGCUUUGGUGUGGGACAACUGAUAGCGGCGGCAUUAGAUGACGGCGUGGAGCGCAUCAUAGUGGGGUGCGGUGACUCUGGAGUUAGUGAUGGAGGCGUCGGCAUGCUUCAAGCUCUGGGGGCACGGUUCCUCGAUAGAGAUGGUAAAGAAUUGCCCAUAGCGAGCGGUGGGCAAUCUCUCCUCUCGCUUGCCAAGAUCGACGCUGGCGGGUUGCAUCCCGGCUUGCAGGCCGUCGACAUCGAGGUGGCCUGCAACUGGAAAAAUGUCCUGUGCGGACCAUUGGGCGUGGCACGCGUAUACGGACCUCAAAAGGGAGCCACUCCAGAACAGACCGAAUUGUUAGCGGCAUCGUUGGACACUUUUGCCCUCGUGGCCAAGCAAUCCAUCGGGGUCGAAGUAUCAAAUGCACCUGGGAGUGGUGCAUCCGGCGGGCUAGGGGCAGCCUUCAUGCUCUUGGGUGCGACGCUGCGGCCACGAUACGAAGCCAUCAUGCAAUAUUUCAACAUCGCCGAUCUGUUCGACAAAUGCGAUUUAGUAUUCACGGCGGAGGGCGGAAUUGAUGACCAAACCCCCAGAGGCAAAAUCCCAGCCGAAGUGGCCAUGCGUGCCAAACAGCAUGGCAGGCCCGUGAUUGUGCUUGCGGGUUCGAUUGGGAACGACGCCCGAGUCAACUAUGAAGUUGGAAUCAAUGCAUACGCGUCCAUUCUGCAGCGACCGUCUACGCUCGACGAGGCGAUCGUGGAAACUGAGCGACUGCUGGCGGAGAGUGCGGAGGCUGCCAUGCGCAUGGUGGUGAUUUCACAUGACCAGAUGGGUCUGGUUGGACCGGAUGAUAACAGAAAUUGUAUGGGCUCGGGGGAAUACAGGCGUCUGGCAGAGGCAGAAUGA